CUGGGCCGGACGUAGCCAGCCUCUUCGAGUUCGAACAAAAACUCGCACGGAAUUUCAUAAGCGGAUCCAAAAUCAGCCGCUUCGACCCCCCGUUGUCACACAAACACAAACACGCAGAGAGUCAAUAGAGAUAUACUCCAUCGCUCGUUCGCUCGCUCUUCGAUUUGCCUUUUUCUUGAUUGGUUCUCCUCAAUUCUUUAACCCCAAAUUUAAAUUUUUACCCAAAAGCCCCUCAGUGUCGUCUAAAUGCCCGGUUCAAGCGAUUCGAGAUAAUCCCACCACCACUACCCAGAAUCAACGAUGAUCGUCCGAACCUACGGUCGUCGCAACCGAGGCAUUCCGAGGACUUGCUCUUCCGACAUCUUAAACGACGUCGCACACGACGACCACUUUAAGGACUCUCUCUCAGAAGACAGCCCCCAAGAGCACGGCCUCGGUCUCUACACCGGUUUCGGCUUCUCGUCCCAGGAAUCUUCCUCUCACCACUGGGCCUCCGACUCCGACCCUUACGGGUUUAAUUCGAGGCCCGCUUUUGACGAUUCGAUAAACGGCGUUGUUAGGAGGCCGAAGAAACCGAGGAGGGCCGGGAAUAGGGAGCCGGAGGUGAUCAAUAACUGUAGCAGGCCGUCGAUUCCGGCCACCUCGACUCUGAUGGAGGCCCAGGAGUUCGGGGAGAUGAUGGAGCACGUGGACGAGGUCAAUUUCGCUUUGGAUGGGCUCAGGAAAGGUCAGCCCGUUCGGAUCAGGAGGGCGAGCUUGUUGUCUUUGCUGUCUAUCUGCGGCACCGUGCAGCAGAGACGGCUUUUGCGGACUCAAGGGAUGGCAAAGAUGAUAGUUGAUGCUAUUUUGGGUCUUAGCUUCGAUGACUCACCCAGCAAUCUGGCUGCUGCAGCUCUUUUUUGUGUUUUAGCCAGUGAUGGCCAAGAUGAUCACCUUUUGGAAUCACCCAGCUGCAUUUAUUUUCUAAUCAAGUUGUUGAACCCAAUGGUUUCGAUGUCUGCUGAAGACAAAGAACCAAAAAUAGGUCGCAAGCUUCUAGCAUUACGUAACGUCACCAGUGUAUGUCGUGAUGCAGCAAAAAGAGUAGACUCCAGUUCUACUAUUGUUUCCAAGGUUCGGGAAGUUCUUGUAAGUUGCAAGGAAUUGAAAUCAAGCUUUGAGGGUGAUAGUGGAAUGGUAAGGCCAGAGCUAUGCCCAAAAUGGAUAGCUUUGUUAACUAUGGAAAAAGCUUGCUUGACCACUAUCUCUCUUGAAGAAACCACUGGUGGAGCAAGGAAGACUGGGGGCAAUUUCAAGGAAAAGUUAAGAGAGCUUGGAGGACUUGAUGCCGUCUUUGAAGUCAUCAUGAAUUGUCAUUCCGAUAUGGAGGGUUGGAUGGAGCAUGGUUCAGUCACUCAGCAUGUCAAGAAUGGACUGAAUCUACAAAGUCUGAUGCAGCUAUUGAAAUGUUUGAAGAUAAUGGAAAAUGCCACAUUCCUUAGUAAAGAUAAUCAGAGUCAUUUGCUUGGAAUGAGAGGAAACUUGGAUCCUCUGGCAACCCCACUGUCUUUUGUAGAGCUCAUUAUAAGUCUUAUUAAGAUUCUCUCAGGUAUUUAUCUACAUAGAAUUUCUUCUGCCGCCUACAAGGAUGAAAAGUCUAAUAAUCUCUCCAAUGGGUCUGAUCAGGCUUCUAAAUUGGCUUUGACUGAGGACUACAAAGUGGACUGUACUGCAUCUCUUCCCAUCAUUUCUGCUAGAAAGUUCAGUAGCACAGAGAGGACCUCCUCUCAGAAGAGCUUUAAUGUAUCCGGGAAUGGCCAUUUGUUGCCAAAUACUUGGUUUGAUUAUUCCAUAUCCAGUUCUGAGACUACCAGUACUUCCAGGACUCAUACUUCUUCAUUAAAGAUGAGAGCCAAUUCUUCCACAUCUGGCUUGUUCAGUGGAACUUCAAGGGGUUCAAAUAGUGGAACGUUAAUAACUGAUAACGGUUCCAGCAGUCAUUUUGGUCUUGGUAAGAGACCAAACUUUACUGAAGAUGCCAAGUUUGAACUUCUAGAGGAAAGCCAGGAUCCUUUUGCUUUUGAUGAAGAUGAGUUUGAGCCCUCUAAGUGGGAUUUAUUGUAUAGGAAACCAAAAACAACUCGAACUCAAAAAAGUAUGGUAUCAUACAGUAAACUUGAAGAUGGGUGUCAAUCUCAACUGAGGCAACAAGAAUCGAGUAAUUGUGAAAACGAUAAUUCCCUUGAACUUUCAUGUCCGAGUGCUGUUGAUGAAGAGGAUUCCAGUCUUCUAGCUGACUGCCUUCUUGCUGCUGUUAAGGUUCUAAUGAACUUAACCAAUGAAAACCCUGUUGGCUGUCGGCAAAUAGCUGCCUGUGGAGGACUGGAGACUAUGUCAUCUUUGAUUGCCGGUCACUUUCCUUCAUUCAGCUCAUCCUCAUCUCCCUCUAGUGAGAUAAAAGAGAGUAGCUUGAGCACUGUUCUUGACCGCCAGAACGAUAGAGGACUCACUGAUCAAGAGUUGGAUUUUCUUGUUGCUAUAUUGGGCCUGCUUGUGAACUUGGUGGAGAAAGACGGUCAUAACAGAUCACAGCUUGCAGCAGCCAGUGUUCAAUUGCCUAGCUUGGAAGGGUUAGAAGAGGAGAGUCAGACGGAUGUAAUUCCACUACUGUGCUCUAUCUUUUUGGCAAACCAAGGAGCAGGUGAGGGAGCGGAGGAAGGAGAACAUUUGCAAUGGAAUGAUGAGGCAGCUGUGUUACAAGGAGAGAAAGAAGCUGAAAAGAUGAUUGUAGAAGCUUAUGCAGCCCUUCUUCUAGCAUUCCUUUCAACAGAAAGCAAGAGCAUACGUGACGCAAUUGCUGACUGUCUCCCAAAUCGCAGCCUGAAAAUUCUUGUACCUGUGUUGGAGAGAUUUGUGGCAUUUCAUCUGACGUUAAACAUGAUUUCUCCGGAAACUCACAAAGCAGUGAGCGAAGUGAUUGAAUCAUGUAGGAUGCCGUGAGAACUCGAGACACAUUUGUACAGCCUCAGUGUUCCUUUCGUAUCUGGCAGCAGUGUUGUCACUGACUGGAGGACUACCAUUUGGUCCAAACACGAUCUUGCUGCUGCAAAUACAUCAAGCUGACGACGAGCAUGUGUUAUUGUCGGAUUGAUCUUUUUGUUUGUUUCUCUUCUUUCUUAGUAGGGUCCUUUUCGUUUCUUUACUCCAUUGUAUUCUUUUCUUAGGUCUUUCUGCAAUAUUUAGUGCAGGCUGAGACGCUUUGUAUACACCCCCAAAAAUGGAAAAAAAAAAAAAAAUUAGUAGAAUGAAAGUGUUUACGUA